AGGAAAAAAAAAAAAAAAAGAAUUGCAAUUUACACCGUCAAUCACCAAGGCAACAACGGCAAAGCAGAGGCCCAAAUCUCCCCCUUUUUUUACUUUGCUUCGCGGUCUCUGUUACUCAUUUUCCAUCGAAAUUAUUUUCUCUUUCUUCCCCCCCUCUCUCUCUUCCCCAACCAUCGGAGAGCCAGCGUGAGAGAUUCAAGGGCCGAAACCCACGUAUCACCAUUUUUCUAGAGAGAGAGAGAGAGAUCAGAAGGUGCAUCAGUAGUGCUUAGAAAAUGGGUACGCUUCAGACAUGGCGAAAAGCGUAUGGUGCUCUCAAGGACUCCACCAAAGUCGGACUCGCCCACGUCAACAGCGAUUACGCGGAUUUGGAUGUUGCCAUAGUCAAAGCCACGAACCACGUCGAAUGCCCUCCCAAAGAGAGACACCUCAGAAAAAUUCUGAUUGCCACGUCAGCAGUCAGGCCACGAGCAGAUGUUGCUUAUUGCAUUCGUGCGCUUUCGAGAAGAUUGGCCAAGACCCACAAUUGGACGGUGGCAUUGAAAACUUUAAUAGUAAUUCACAGGACAUUGAGGGAGGGUGACCCUACUUUCAGAGAGGAAUUUCUGAAUUACUCACAGAAAGGACAUAUUCUUCAGCUUUCCAAUUUCAAGGAUGAUUCAAGCCCCAUUGCUUGGGAUUGCUCUGCUUGGGUUCGUACUUAUGCGUUGUUUUUGGAGGAACGACUUGAGUGCUUUAGGAUUUUGAAAUAUGAUAUUGAAGCGGAGCGUCUACCAAGGCCUGCUCAAGGGCAGGAGAAGGGAUACAGUAGAACUAGAGAGCUGGACAGUGAAGAACUGUUGGAGCAGUUGCCUGCUUUACAGCAGCUGCUCUAUCGUCUCAUUAGUUGCCGGCCAGAAGGAGCGGCUGUCGGCAAUUAUGUUAUACAGUAUGCCCUUGCUCUGGUACUUAAAGAGAGCUUUAAAAUUUAUUGUUCUGUAAAUGAUGGAAUAAUCAAUCUUGUGGACAAGUUUUUUGAGAUGCCAAGACAUGAAGCUAUUAAAGCCCUUGAUAUCUAUAAACGAGCUGGUCAGCAGGCUGCAAGCCUAUCCGAUUUCUAUGAGGUUUGCAAAGGAUUGGAACUUGCUAGGAAUUUCCAGUUUCCUGUUUUAAGAGAGCCUCCUCAAUCCUUUCUUAAUACGAUGGAAGAGUACAUAAGAGAGGCACCUCGGGUGGUUACUGUUCCAACUGAACCAUUGCUUCAAUUAACAUAUAGACCAGACGAAGGUUCUUCUGAAGAAACCCAAUUACCCAGUGAAGAACCUGUGGCACCACCUUCAGAAAAUGUGUCUAAUGUUGAACCUGAAACACCAUUGCCACCAUCUCCACCUCCUCAAAGAAGCAUAGAUACUGGAGAUUUACUGGGUUUAAGUUAUGAUGUUCCUGAUGUAUCCGCAAUUGAGGAGAGAAAUGCGUUGGCUCUGGCCAUCGUACCUUCCGAAACGAAUGCGGCUCCUACAUUCAAUUCUAGUGCCAUUGAAGCAAAAGAUUUUGAUCCCACUGGAUGGGAACUUGCUCUAGUCAGCACUCCAAGUACCAAUAUUUCCACACCUACUGAUAGACAAUUGGCCGGUGGAUUGGACUCUCUCACUCUAAACAGUUUGUAUGAUGAAGCAGCAUACAGAGCUUCACAGCAGCCAGUUUAUGGAGCACCAGCCCCGAAUCCAUUUGAGGUUCAAGAUCCAUUCGCUAUGUCAAACGGUGUUGCUCCUCCUCCUCCAGUUCAAAUGGCAGCAUUGGCUCAACAGCAGGCCAAUCCCUUUGGUCCUUACCAACCUACCUUCCAACCGCAAAUGCAGCCUCAGCCGCAGCAGCAUUUGUUAAUGAGCCCAGCAAACCCUUUCGGUGAUGCGGGAUUUGGGGCAUUUCCUGCAAAUCCGGGUCCUCAUCAACAACAAAAAAACCCAUUUGGAAGCACAGGCCUGCUGUAAUGACAGUAUUCGAACAUUUGGAAAAAAGUGUAAUCUACGCAGUGAAAUUGGUUUUGAGUGCAGUUGGUGGUGUUAGUAUAGAAGGGAUGGAUUUUGGAAUUUGGCCAUGAGAGUUUUGAGUAAGAACGAACAUGUGUUUGGUGUAAAAGCAAUGAGUAGCUGCUAGUUCAUACGAUUCUAUUCUUUUCUUUUUCUUUUUCUUUUUCUUUUUUCUUUUUCUUUUUUUUAAAAUGUAAUUUCUUAUCUCGCCUUGUCUCUGUAUUUGUCUCACUUGCACACACACAAAAAGAAGUUUUACCUACGGAUGUAAAGGAAUUCUUAUUCAUGGACUGGACUCUUUUUUUACUUUAAA